GGAAGAAGGAGGAGACUGCAGUAACAGCCAGAGAUAGAGCUUGAAAAGCGUUUGUUAUUAGUAACUAUUAAACCGUGCGAGCCGGAGCCGUAUUACUGGUAAUUGCUAGGAAGGCCGUGGCUCUACCGGCAGGCGCAUUCACCGGGGUACGGUGGUUUUCGAAAGUGUCUUCCUUAAAGUGACAGUAAAUAGACACAGGAGGUCACGGCUCACACCCCAAAACCCAUCGCUUCAGACGGGAUGGUGACUUCUCCGUUACCCGGGCAGCGCGAGUAAGGCGAUAACCAGCGUUCCUCAGCCCGGCAUUACAUCCCCUUCCUGAUUCCCUUCAGCCUCUAUCCGACAUGUCCAUCCAGUACACCGGGGAGGACCAAAUGGCCGACAGCUACGGGGUGGCCGACUCCUUCCCCAAAGACUUUGGUUAUGGAGCUGACGAGUCGGAGAUAGACGAGAGCUCCACGGCGUCGGACAGCAAACCCCGUAUCUUGCUCAUGGGCAUGCGUAGGAGCGGGAAGUCAUCCAUCCAGAAGGUGGUAUUUCAUAAAAUGUCUCCCAACGAAACCUUGUUCUUAGAAAGUACCAACAAAAUCUACAAGGAUGAUAUUUCCAACAGCUCCUUUGUGAAUUUUCAAAUAUGGGAUUUCCCGGGACAAGUGGACUUCUUCGACCCAACAUUUGACUAUGAAAUGAUUUUCAGGGGAACUGGAGCAUUAAUAUAUGUUAUCGAUGCCCAGGAUGAUUACAUGGAGGCGCUGGCAAGGCUGCAUGUCACGGUUACCAAAGCAUAUAAAGCGAAUCCCGAUAUGAACUUUGAGGUAUUUAUUCAUAAAGUAGAUGGUUUAUCAGAUGACCACAAAAUAGAAACCCAAAGGGACAUCCACCAGAGAGCGAACGAUGACCUCGCAGAUGUUGGACUUGAAAAACUUCAUCUAAGCUUCUAUUUGACUAGCAUAUAUGACCACUCUAUAUUUGAAGCUUUUAGCAAAGUUGUGCAGAAACUCAUACCACAGUUGCCGACACUGGAAAAUCUACUAAAUAUAUUCAUAUCUAAUUCCGGUAUCGAGAAGGCGUUUCUAUUUGACGUUGUCAGUAAAAUUUAUAUCGCCACCGACAGUUCGCCUGUAGACAUGCAGUCUUAUGAGUUGUGCUGUGACAUGAUAGAUGUGGUAAUAGAUGUAUCCUGUAUAUACAGCCUGCAUGCAGACUGCAAUGGAACUGCGUAUGACAAGGAAUCCAUGGCUAUUAUCAAACUUAACAACACAACGGUGCUUUAUCUAAAAGAAGUGACCAAGUUCCUGUCGCUCGUGUGCAUUCUUAGGGAAGAGAGCUUUGAAAGGAAAGGUUUAAUAGACUACAAUUUCCACUGCUUUCGUAAAGCCAUCCAUGAGGUGUUUGAAGUGGGUGCUGCCACACACAGGACCUUCAGUCACCAGGCUAGCAGCCCAAACCUCAAAACAGUGACUCACAACGGUACUCCAGCGAACGCGGUCUAGGCCAGAAACGGAAGGCUCCCACAUCCAGUCGCAAAGAGAACGCUGCCUAAGAGGCGAUGUACGUCGAAUUACAGAGCGGCCAGUGCCAGAAAUACAGGGUACUACAAACAGUGCAGACUCCAUACCUUGCUGUACCGCAGCAUCUGAAAGAUGUGACCAUUGCCAGAAGUAACUUUUAUUACCAGAGGCUUUUUUUUCUGUGUAAUUUUGGCAUAAAAGGUGAUUUUGUGCAAACAAAUUCUUGUAGAUUUGUUUUUUUGAAGUGCUGCACCUUACCCAUUUCAUUUUUGUUGUUGUUUACUGCUGGCUCUAGAGACUAUUAUACUUGGUGUUCUUCACCUUAUGCCAUUAAAGUGUUCUUCAGUAACUUUGGAGGAAA